UAUUAAUAAUCAUACAAAUAAACAAUUUACCUUCCUUGUAUAUUGUUUAGCAGGGGUGAACUCAACUAACAACAGAAAGUCCCAUGAAUUCCAGACAACACGAGACGAACAACAACUGCAAAAUAAAUUGGAGUCCAAUCCUAGAUUGGGACCAGCCUCUGACAGACCAAGAACUUGAAGCCAUUGAUGAAAUCGAAGCCUCAUUUCAAUCCUCCACACCAUCUUCAUCUUCAUCUUCAUCAUCAUCAACUCCUGCUGCAACAACUCCUUCCUCUUCUAUAAUCAAGAAACGACAUUCAAGUCCACAAAAGGAUCAAGAACCUCCAAAAACCCGACGCCAAUUGCCCAAUUCUAUUUUCUCUCUCUCCAAACCUUUUUCUCUUUCUCCUUGUCAAGGUAAUGUGAAGAUGAGAUACCCGGCAAUGAAGUUUGGGGGUCAAAUUUUGUAUAGCAGAACUUCUAUAGAGGUAGAAAAAGCUGCAAGGGAGCUUUUACAGAGUCUUGAAGCUGAAAAGAGAGAAAUGGAUCGAGUUAUCAUUGGUUUUGAUAUUGAGUGGAAGCCCUCAUUUACAACAGGCGUGUUGCCUGGAAAGGCUGCAGUUAUGCAGAUAUGUGCGAACACUAGUCUUUGUCAUGUGAUGCAUAUUUUUCAUUCUGGAAUCACUCAAAGCCUGCAGUUUCUUCUAGAGGAUUCUAAACUUGUAAAAGUUGGAAUUGGCAUAGGUGGUGACUGUGCUAAGGUUUUCAGAGAUUAUAGUGUCUCAGUUAAAUCAGUGGAGGACCUUUCUUAUCUUGCAAAUCAAAAGCUUGAUGGAAAACCUAAAACUUGGGGUCUUCAAGCUCUGGCAAAGAUUCUUGUUUGCAAAGAGCUUCAAAAGCCCAACAAAAUCAGACUUGGAAACUGGCAAGUUGAUGUUCUAUCAAAAGAACAACUACAAUAUGCUGCUACUGAUGCUUUUGCUUCUUGGCAACUAUACCAAGUGUUAAAGAGCCUCCCAGAUGCAAAGGAUGCUACUGACUCUACAAGUAAGGAGCUGAAAGUUGAAUCAACAUAAUGUCUCAGUUAAUAAGCUUAAUUCCUGGACUGACUGCAUCCUUCUAUCUUUACUUCAACUGGGUGGGACCUCCAUCCGUGCCUAGCUGGGCCUUGGAGUGGAAAACUGAUGGGACAUAAGAUCCGAUACAUUAUUUACGCACGUGUAUGAUUAUCGACGAUGGAGGGUAGCCUAACCCGUUGUUUUUUGGUUGGGAGAUUGAGUCCAUUUAGACCUAUUUCAUUGUUUUAUGUUAUUUAUUUGAGUUAUUUAUGUUAGAUAAUUUUAAUUGAUGGGUUGAGCCUAAUAGUUAAAUUUUCUAGGGGUAUACUAUUUAUAUGUUUUUCUUUGACA